AUGAUCCCCCCCACCCCCUCGCUGCCGGCCGGGCACCUGACCCAGCGGCCCCGGCGGGGUCCCGGCACACCCGAGCCGCGUCCCCGAGCACGGCCCAUGGCCUCCCCACGCCUGGGAACCUUCUGCUGCCCCACGCGGGACGCCGCCACGCAGCUGGUGCUGGGCUUCCAGCCCCGGGCCUUCCACGCGCUGUGUCUGGGCGGCGGCGCGUGCCGCCUGGCGCUGGGCCUCCUGCAACUGCUGCCGGGGCGACGGCCCGCGGGCCCGGGGGCCACGUCCACGUCCCCGCCGGCCUCGGCGCGCGCCCCGGCCUCCGUCCGCAUCCUGCGCGCCGCCGCCGCCUGCGACCUGCUCGGCUGCCUGGGGAUCGUCUUCCGGUCUGCGGUGUGGUUGGGAUUCCCCGAUUUCAUCAAGGACAUCUCAGACGUGAAUGGGACAGACCUUUGGCCUGCUGCGUACUGCGUGGGGACCGCAAUGUGGAUCCAGCUGUUGUACGGUGCCUGCUUCUGGUGGCUGUUUUGCUACGCGGUCGACGCCUAUCUGGUGAUCCGGAGAUCAGCAGGACAGAGCACCAUCCUGCUUUACCACAUCAUGGCCUGGGGCCUGGCCGUCCUGCUGUGCGUGGAGGGAGUGGUCAUGCUCUACUACCCGUCCGUGUCCAGGUGUGAACGGGAUCCGGAGCUCGCCAUCCCGCACUACGUCACCACGUACUUGCCGCUGCUGCUCGUCCUGGGGGCCAACCCCAUCCUAUUCUGGAAGACCGUGACCGCAGUGGCCUCUUUACUAAAAGGAAGAAAAGGCAUUUACACAGAGAGCGAGAGACGGAUGGGAGCCGUGAUCAAGAUCCGAUUUUUCAAAAUAAUGCUGGUUUUGAUUAUUUGCUGGUUGCCAAACAUCGUCAACGAAAGCCUUUUAUUCUAUCUUGAAAUGCAACCAGAUAUCAACGGGAGCUUUUUGAGACCUAUGAGAAAUGCGGCCAAGACCACGUGGUUUAUAAUGGCGAUACUGAACCCAGCCCAGGGAUUUCUCUUGUCUUUGGCCUUCUACGGCUGGACAGGAUGCAGCCUGGAGUUUCAGUCUCCCAGGAAGGAGAUUCAGUGGGAAUCCAUGGCAACCUCUGCCGCGGAGCAGCCCUACCUGUCCCCAGAUGGCUCCAGCGCACCCGGUGAGAGCCUCACUCCCAGGAAGGUGCUGCGACUCGGCGGGCACGUGUCCGACGAGGCCCUGAGCCUGUUGUCUGAAGGCACUGAGGAGACGCUGACCACCUCCCAGCACGUUCUCUGGAACCAGAGCCCGUACUUACCGUGUGUCCUUGGAAGGUUUUGACGGGGCGGUCGCAGCCGAGUCUGCAGACGUGAAUACACAUGUCUGUGCUACAGGAGGCAAAGGUAGUGUUGUUCUGCCAGUCUACGUCGAGAGCGGGGGCUGGAUAGCAGGGGACAGCGGGAGGACAUUGACAUUUACCAGUUGUGCACAGAGCUCAGUUGAUUUAAAACAAUUAAAAGCAGAGUCUCAAGAAGCCUGAUCUAGUAACACAGUAAAAAAAAAACCCUUCCCAGUGUGAACACAGCCUCUUUUCCUCAUAGACCUUAAAGACACCCCCACCUCCCCCCACCCCCACCCCACCCCGCCCUGCACAUCUGUGGAGCAGACACUCUGGAGAGACCCCCGUGAUGGUUCACGUGCCCCAUGGCACGAGAGUCCGGCUCCCCUGACACAGUGAGAAAGCGGAGGGGAGAAUCUGCACCUUGCUGCUUCCAGGGACAUCACUGGUGCAUGGGCUGAUGUGUCGUAUUUUAGAGAGGAAAAAGAGAAAAGGAGACGGAGAAGAUUUCCUAUCCUACGUUCAAGAUAGCUCGAUUUUUAAAAACGUCCCGCAACACAUCAAUGCACCCCCCAACUGCAGGGUACUGAUCCCUUUGGGGACACGACUGGACGUCGGCUCAGGACUUGUGAUGAACGCCCCUUCUGACUCCUGGGCAUUUCCCAGGGGCUCCGAGAGCCCUGUGGAGGGUUUGGGGGAUGGUGAUGGCCUUCCCUACACCUCACAGCUCUCUCCCUGCACCACACCUCUCCGUCGCACUACUCGGCAUCCCUGCUGUCUCCUGACGCCUCCUUCUUUCUAGGAGAAAGCGGGUUAGCUUCCUCCAAACCUCUGAUCACAAAGUUUUCAUCAACUGAUCAAUACCAUAACUGUGUCUCGUGUUUCUUUUAAAGGCAAGUUAGCAGCGGGUCGGGAGAAGAAAGCAGAGGACUCAGGCUAGGCUGACAACCGGACUGCCCCUUCUCUUCUUCAGUGUUUAAGUGAGACAGGCAGGCCUCUGCAGGGGUCCACGUUCCACAGUGGGUAACCGCACGAGGCAUCCCAUCAGCCUCUGCGUGCGGCUCCGUCCCGGAGUGGCUGUUGUGGCUGUGUACUUGGUCGAGAGCGAGCACAGGCUUCUUCAAAAGCCAAGACCGUCCCUUUUGGUCACAUCCCCGGCAGUGUUUCAGGACAGCCCCGCGGUCCCUGGGGCGCAUUUCCCACGUGUACAACACAGAACGAAGGAACCGAUCCCAUGUGGUCGGAGUGACGCUCCCGUGAGCCUGAGAGGCAAGACCCCAGCUGCUCUCGCCUACAACACCGCCCCAGCUACAUCCCGAAUUCCCGGGCCACCCUCUGCACUGUGCGGGCCACGUGAUUCAUAUACCUGGAAAUAGGACGCUCAGGCAGGCACUUCAGGGACGCUGUCUACCACCUGCUCAUAAAAAUUAACAACCGCCAGCCCUUGCUGUCCAAAGAGGGGACCCUCUGUACUUAGGUGGCUGGCCCCACCGUGAGUCGGCCGCCGUCCAGGACCCUCAGAAGCCCCAGUGUGAUCUCACCAUUCAGUGCGGGUGAGCGACAGGUACCAAGGCCCAGCCACUGUGGGUGUCUGCACGGCCUCCCUGCCCACAGAGGGGCCGGCGAGGUUCAACGAUCAGCAUUCGAGGCUCAGCCUGGCUUUCUCUGCUGUUUGUUUUUUUUUAAGUGUAAUUCUGAAAUAUUACUGUUCCUCCAGGC